UCAUCUUCCGCAGUUCAAAUAUGACUUCAGACACUUAGUACCUGUGGGACGGAGGACAGGUGAUUUAAACCAUUUAAACCUGUUUGCCUCGGUUUCUUCAUCUGCAAAAAGCUCUGGAGAAGGAAAUAGUGAACCAUUCCAGUAUCUUUGCCAAGAAAACCCCAAAACGGUCAUGAAGGGUAGGGCACGACUGAAAACUCCUGAACAAAAUAAACUGCUGCAAACAACAAAAGAAUGCUGGAUCUGGGUUAGGAAUUUGGGAAAAGCAGUUUUGUUAAUUUAAAGAGACCAGGGCAUUUAUGCUAGGAAAAAAAAAAAAAACAGCUACAACGGAUUUAAUCCCAGGAUGUCAGGUUACAUCCUUUUCUGCUAUUGACUUCUUAGGUGCCUGUGCUCAUUUCUCCUCUCCCGGCCCUAAGAAAACAAGUUCCUUUAACUGCAAAAUGACGGGAUUUAGCUAAAAUCGGAGGUUCUUAACCUUUCUCUAGGUGUCAUGGAUCUCUUUGGUGAAGCAUGUGGGACACCUUCUAAGAAAGAUGUUUUAAAAAAUAAAAUAUAUGUGAUUACAAAAGAAACCAUCUCUAAUGAAAUAGUUAGAAAAUAUAUUUUUUUAAAAAGUUCAUGGAACCGAGGUUGAGAAAUUUUGUGUUGGAAGAUCUCUUAAUAGAUUCUUUCAGAGGUUGUUUUGUUUUGAGCUUAAAGCGACACCUUUCCUGGGGGGGGGGGGGGGGGAGAAGGAGAGCGAGCUCAGGAAUGAGGCUGCAAGGAAGGAGUGGCGCUUUGUUCGACUCUCUAGCGGCCCCGGUUUUCUCAAUUCUAAAAUGGAGAUCAUCCCUUCUCUACCAUCAAGAGCUUUGCGCCUAGCCCUGCACAGUUAAGUGCUUAACAAAUGCGCACUUCCUUCUCUCCCUCCCUACCCCGUCCAGGGAUUUCGAGGACAAGCUCUCUCUUCUGCUGUUCACAGUUCACAAAGCGCCGCCAGCCCACCUCGCAGGCUCGCGUGACUAUUAGCAGUGAGUGACGGGGUAUGGCGUUCAGUAGAUGCUCAAUAAAGGUCCACAGACAAGUUUUAUUAUUAGGUAGAAGUGGCGGUAGCAGAAGGGAGAAGUAGCUGGAACAGGAAGAUAGCAAAUAGCAAACGUAAACGGCCAGCGUGCGGCUCCUCCUCAGGUCCGGGCAGGAGGGGCCGAAAUCCUGAGAAAGACGAAUCCCACCCAGGAAGUGGGAGUGGGCUGGGGUGGCGAAAAGCCGAGCGCGGUGUAGCAGGCUCACGGACUCCGAGCAAUGCCAAGGUUGAAAGUGUUUGCUUCAGAGCCAUAUAUGCUGUGUUUCCAAAACUGAUCCUGACAAUGAGUAAUUAUUCAGAGGUUAACCUGAAAAUACCUUUUGGAAAUAAGAACCUGGAUGCUGUUUGUACUGUCCCUGACAAGAUAUUAACUGAUCAGGUGUUAAUAUAUGCAGUGAUUCUUACCCAUGGAGCUGCAGGAGAUAUGAAUUUUCCUCACUUGAAAUCACUGGCCAACCACCUUGCAAGUAAUGGGAUCCUGUGCCUGAGGUUUACUUGCAAAGGCCUCAAUAUCACGCACCGAAUAAAGGCAUAUAAAGCUGUUUUGGAAUAUCUGAAGACUUCAGAUGAGUACAGACUUGCAGGAAUUUUCCUUGGAGGUCGCUCCAUGGGUUCUCGAGCUGCUGCUUCUGUGAUGUGUCAGAUCGAAUCGGAAGAUGGCGAUGACUUUAUCCGAGGUCUCAUCUGCUUCUCUUACCCCCUGCAUCGUCCGAAGCAGCAACAUAAGCUCCGGAAUGAAAGCUUGCUGCUCAUAAAAGGCCCCGUGCUGUUUGUUUCAGGCUCCGCCGACGAGAUGUGUGAAAAGAAAUUGCUGGAGAAAGUCGCAAAGACAAUGAAAGCUCCUACUAAGAUCCACUGGGUUAAGAAAGCCAGUCAUUCUAUGGCUGUGAAAGGAAGAUCUGCUGAUGAUGUUUUGAAGGAAAUCAACUCACGUGUUCUUUCUUGGAUCCAAGAAGUCAUUCAACUGGACAAGAAAUAAUUCAUUGAUUAAAAAGCCCUAUGUCACUUGAGAUUUGUAUAUUUGAUUUGAUGAGGAAAACAGUGAGUCUCAGAAUUGUGAGGCAUGUGUUUGACCCGUUUAAUGUCUCUUUAUUAAUAUGCUUUGAAAGCAAAUGUUACCUUGUGCAAAAAUGAGAAAAUACUGAGAUUAUAGAAAAUCGAAAUGGCUUUUAUCAAAUAUUUUUCAAAAUCAUUAAACAUUCACUUGUUUCCCA